UUGAUUUUUCAGAAAAUAUCGACUUACAAUUACUUACUAAAAAUUCAUGAACUUUAUCUGGUAUUAGAACGCCAUAACUCUUCGGAUAGUGUUUAGAAAUAAUUUUCAACAAUAGUAGUUUAGUUUCGGAAUAGUCAAUAAUGAAUUUAGAGGCCAAUAGAUUAAACACCUUUACAAGUUGGCCCUCCUCGGCACCUGUGGAUCCUAUAAGAAUUGCAAGAGCUGGAUUUUUCUACACGGGCGAGGGCACUGAGGUAGAAUGCUUCAGUUGUGGUCGUAAAAUAUCGGAGUGGAAUUACGGAGAUCAAGUUAUGUGGCGACAUAGGGCAUUGAAUCCAACUUGUGCGUUCGUCUUGAGCCCAGUGCAAUCUGGUAACAUCGCUCUAUUAUUAAGCCGUGAAUGCAAUACACCGCCGGGAUUCAGGCGAUCAAAUGAGGUACAACACGACUUUGACACUCAGGACUAUGGUCUUAGUGGAGAGGAUGAAAUGUACAAGAGUGAUGCUUUACGGUUGCUGUCGUUCGUCAAUUGGGAUGAUAGCUCGGUGUCUCGGCAAGAGCUGGUGAAUGCUGGAUUCUACCAUGCUGGUGGAGGAAGACUUCGCUGUGCAUGGUGUGGUGGCGAACUGGCACCUUUCAGGAAUCUUGGAUCUCUUGGACCUCCUCUGGAAGUUCAUAGAAUGUACUUCCCCCGUUGCACACAUGCAGCUUUUUUGGAAUUGGAACGCAGAAAUAACGAGGCUUCCUCGCCCUCGUCAUCUCCGUCGUACACGCCUCCAUUGCAGUCGCCACCCACCUGUGCUAGCAAACCUCAGUCUUCUGGUGCAGCUCAUAAUGCGCGGGUAGUGGAAGCUGGAAGUGACUGGCGCUCACUGGGCGUAGUUGGGGGCGGGGCAAGACAUCCCUCUCGAGCUGCUUUAGCUGCGAGGCUAGCUACAUUCGAGCGCUGGCCAGCCGAUAGAGCUCAGGCCCCAAGAACCUUAGCUGAUGCUGGUUUCUUUUAUACGGGUGUUGAUGAUCAGGUGCGAUGCUUCUACUGCGACGGCGGUUUGGGCAAAUGGGAGGCGGGUGACACACCGUGGUCGGAGCACGCACACUGGUUCCCCCACUGCGGUUACGUGCUGCUCGUUAAGGGGCAGGAGUUCGUUGGCACAUGCAGAAACCGCACCUCCGUUCAGCGUUCGUUCUCCGCCGACAGAGGUCUUACUUCAAGGACUCGAAAUCCAGGUGUGAACUACUCAACAACGGAGAGUCAGGUGGAAGAAUGCAUGGAAAGUAAUGCCGCAUUGGCUGCUCUGGGCGCUGGAUUGGACGCCGCUCGAGUUCGCCGAGCUAUCGCUAGACGGUUGCGAGCUACGGGUGUCCCAUUCAGUACGUCCGAAGGCCUUAUCGACGCCGUUUUGGACGAACAACUCAACGAAGAGGCCUGGUCUGUCUCCCCACACAGUCAACGCCUGGCGAGAGAUAUCCUCGCUGAGACUCUACGUGACUUUGCACCACGCUCCGGGAUAAUCCCAUCGAGUGCCGAAGACGUGAGGCCAGAAGGUUCAGCAUCUCAACCGGACAGUCCAAUACCGUCGCCAACUCCCGGCAGCGUUCCGCAGACAACAAACGGAACUCUCGACAUAGCCACCCUACCUGCAACCAGUCAAACUGCAACCGGUCAAGGUGCAACCGGUCAAGGUGCAACCGGUCAAGGUGCAACCGGUCAAGGUGCAACCGGUCAAGGUGCAACCGGUCAAGGUGCAACCGGUCAAGGUGCAACCGGUCAAGGUGCAACCGGUCAAGGUGCAACCGGUCAAGGUGCAACCGGUCAAGGUGCAACCAGUCAAGCUGCAACCAGUCAAUCAGAUAAACCCGGGCCGUCACCGAGCCCCAUGAAGACCAUCAGCAAUGUCUCUUUGGAAGAGGAAAACAGGCAGUUGAAGGAAGCGAGACUGUGCAAAGUGUGCAUGGAUAAUGAGGUGAGCGUUGUAUUCCUGCCGUGCGGCCAUCUUGUUUCGUGCGCGGGCUGUGGCGCCGCCCUGGGCGCGUGCCCGCUUUGCCGCGCGACCGUCAAGGCGUUGGUGCGCGCUUACCUUGCCUGACCAAGCAUCUACGCCGAACCUCAACAGCAGAGGGGCAGGUUUACGUUGAGGGCCUGGCGUGGACUUGAGUUAAUCUAUAGUCUAUCACGGCGUGAUAUGACCCGAAAUUAAUUCAUACCUAAUACAAGUAAAUAAGCGUUUUACAGUGUGCCCCGACAUCGUUCAUAGUAUCUCAAAUACUAAGCAUAAUGAUCAAUUUUAUUAAAAAAAAACCUUUGCUUUGCUUAUGGGUGUAAAAGGAGUGAAUAGUGAGGUGACUGCUAAAAGAAGCGAGCGGAAGGAGAAAACAUGUUGUGCUCAUCCCACUUAGCGUGGGAAAAGGGCGAAAGUGGGAAAAAGCAUAUGCUUGUAAUAGGAGUGGGUGGUGAGAAGACGGGUAAUAGAAGUGAGUGGGAGGAGAAGACACGUGCCAACUCCACUUAGCGUAAGAUAAGGGCAAAAUUGUGAAAAAGUAUGUCCGUGUAAAAGGAGUGGAAUGUGAGGUGGCUGCUUAUAGAUGGUAGUGGAAGGAGAACAUAUUUUGCUUAUCCCACUUGACGUAGGAAAAGGGCGAAAGUGGAAAAAGCAAAUGCUUUAUUCUAACACGUGUAAAAGGAGUGGAUAGUGCGAUGGCUGCAAAUGUGAGAAGUGAGUGGGAGGGGAAAACAUGUGGGAUUAGUAACGAGGGCGAUCGAGUGAAAAAGAAUAUUCGUGAAAAGAAGUAGAAAGUGAGUUGGCUGCAAAUAGAAGUGGUUGGAAGAAGAAAAAAUGUUGCGCUUAUCCCACUUAGCGUGGGAAAAGGGCGAAAAUCAGAAAAAUCAUAUGCUUGUUAAAGGAGUGGAUAGUGGGGUUACUGCUAAUAGAAGUGAGUGGAAGGCGAAAACAUGUGCCAAACCCAGUUAGCCUGGGAUAAGGGCAAACAAGUGAAGAAGUAUAUAAGAAAAAGGAUUGCAAAGGCUGCUAAUAGAAGAAAGUGGAACGAGAAGACUCUUAAGACUCAGAGUCUAAGAGUCAUAUAGUUCGAUUGAUUGUUUUUUUUCUGUCCAACCCAAUGACUGCAUACAUAUUUUGCUAGGUUUAUUAUGGUUGGACAAAAAUAUCAAAAUCAUAAUAUGAAAGGAUGUUUGUUCAUAAAAUCUAUCAUUAUUCUUAUUAUAUAAGACCCACAUAAGGGACACAC